GGGCUGAUAUCGCAAGUUAUCCAAACAGGAAUUGUGGAUGUCCCCGUAAAUCAAAUCACCCGAAUAUAUCCCCAUCAUUUAAAGUUAGAGCCGGAAUUAAACUUAUAAAUGCUGGUUUACAUGCUUACUCCCUUGUACUCCUAGCUGGAGAUGUCAGCCGAAACCCUGGACCUACCAAUAUCCCUCAAGAUUCACAGAAUUUUAGUGACAUUGGUUUUCCAAGUAACCGUGGACUUAAAAUUGCACAUCUAAAUGUAAGAAGCAUAACUAAUAAGAUAGAUUCACUGCGCCUUCGUUUACUUAAUAAUCCUUUCGAUGUCCUGACCAUCAUAAAUAUUCAAGGUUAUUCUUUUGUCAGAAAUUACCGUAAAAGCAAAAAAGGUGGUGGGUGCAUGAUUUAUAUUCGUGAUGGCUUACCCUAUCGAGCACGGCCUGACUUGCAAGAUGAGAACACAGAAUCUUGUGUCCUUGAACUCAAUCGGCCGAAAUGUAAAAACAUGCUCAUCUGGUCAAUCUAUCGAGCCCCUGAUGCACCAUUACCCAAUUUCAUCAAUACUUUAAAUUCAAAGAUCUCCUUACUUCCCCAGGACGUUGAACUAGUUUUACUUGGUGACUUUAAUGUUGACGUCCUUGCCAAAAGAAAUACUUCUAGUCACAGCUGAAACAAAAAAUUAAUCUUUUUGCUAGUACAAACAAUUUAAAUCAACUCAUCGACACUCCAACACAGAUAAACAAACUCUCAUCAGCAGCAAUUGAUCCCUUGUUUGUUAAUAAACAUCGCAUUGUAUCAAGUGGUGUGUUACCGGUACAUAUUAGCGACCACUCCCUCAUUUACUGUGUUGUCAAGGCUUGUGUAACUAAGAGUCCUGGCAGAACAAUCGAAUAUACUUCCUAUAAACAUUACUCUAAAGAAGCAUUUCUGGAUGAGCUCAGGAACGUAGACUGGAAUAUUGUUGAUGAAAUCCCCGAUAUUAAUACCGCAGUAAAUUUUUGGAAUAAGCUGUUCUUACAUGUUGCAGAACGUCAUGCCCCUUCGAAACGAACUAGGAUAAAAGAUUGUCAUGUUCCUUGGAUGACAUCUGAGUUGAAAACAUCUAUGCAGGAACACGACCGCUCUUUCCGUAAAGCUACCAAAUCUAAUUCUCCUUCUGACUGGUCCAAAUACAAAAGUUUGAAAUCCCACGUAAAUAGACAAGUCAAAAAGAGUAAAUCGGAAUACUACCUUAAUCUUAUUAAAAUCUCUAAAAAUAAUCCAAACACUCUCUGGAAACACCUCAAUGAAAUUACUUCACGUAAAUCGAGCUCGAACAUUUCAUGUAUUGAAGUCAAUGGAAGUCCAUCUACCGAACCCAGGCAACUCUCCGAAAUUCUCACAGUUUUCGCACAGUUAUGUCUACCAUCACCGCUGCCGUUUGUAAAGACCAUCUUGAAUCUGGCGUAAUGUUUGCUUUUGAUGUAAUCGAUGAGUGUUUUGUUAAAGCCAAACUAAACAGUCUUAAAACAAACAAAGCGAUUGGUUUGGACAACAUCAGUGCCAGAUUGCUAAAGGACUCUGCUGACAUUAUCACAACAAGUUUGACUAAACUUUACAACCGCUCAUUAGCAACCUCCGUCUUCCCAGCUGUUUGGAAAUGUGGAAAAGUAACUGCAUUAUUCAAAUCCAGUGACCGAUGCAAUGCCAAUAAUUAUAGACCAAUAACCAUUCUACCAACUGGUAGCAAAAUACUUGAAAGAGCUGUUCAUAGUCAAGUCUAUAGCUAUCUACUUCGUGAAAAUAUCCUGAUCCCGAAACAAUUUGGAUUCCACCCAAAACUCUCCACGGCAAUUGCUCUCACCUACUUCACUGACAACAUUCUGGAUAAUUUAGAUAAAGGUUCUAUCGCCGGUGCAGUUUUCUUAGAUCUUUUGAAGGCCUUCGACAUGGUUAGUCACGAUUGUCUCACACAAACUUGGUACUAUUGGUUUUUCAGAGCCAACAAUCAACUGGUUCUCUUCUUAUCGUUCUCUUCUUAAUCGUUUUCAAGUCACUUCUAUUGGCCUUGAACAGUCGUCCACUCAACCAGUACAUGUCGGAGUACACCAAGGAA